CUCGUUUCUCAUCCCAUCACCUCUUAGAGUAUCCCAAGGGUUCCCCAGCGCACAACAAUGGCAUCUUCGCUUGACUCCAGCACCAUUUUUCGGGUCGAUGGAAUAGUGGCCGUCAUUACUGGAGGAGGCAGUGGUAUCGGUCUGACCAUGGCCCGCGCUCUCGCAUCUAAUGGCGCACGCAAAGUCUACAUCCUCGGACGUCGGCUAGGGGUACUUGAGAAAGCAGCCGAGGAGCACGCCAGCAUCAUCCCACACCAAUGCGACGUGACAUCCAAGGACGAUCUCCAAACUGCUGUGGACCGCAUCACAGCCGAGGUAGGCUACGUGAAUCUCGUCAUCGCCAACUCCGGCAGUGUCGGACCUCCAGCACGCUACAGCCCAGACGCUUCGAUACAGGAAUUGCGCCAGACCCUCUUCACCAACUUCUCCAUGGACGCAAUGAACGAAACCCUGCACCUCAACAUCACCGCCGCCUUCUUUACCAUGACAGCCUUCCUGGAGCUGCUAGAUGCUGGCACCAAGAACGCUCUGCAAGGCGGCUUCGGCAAGCCCAUCAAAAAGGGCAGUGACGUCCCGUCAAUCCAGAGCCAGGUCAUCUUCACGACUAGUAUAUCUGCGUUCAGUCGGCACUUUUCGUCUUCGCCCCCGUAUUUGACUAGCAAGGCUGCAAUCAUGCAGGUGACUAAACAGGCUAGUAGUCAGCUGGCUAGGUUUGGCAUUCGUGUGAAUGCCCUCGCUCCGGGAAUUUAUCCCUCCGAUCUAGCUUCCGUGCUGACACAGGGCCGCAAGCCGGAAGAGGAGGCAUUCGACGACCAGAGAUUUAUCCCCGCUAGGCGUUUCGGUGGUGACGAGGAGAUGGCUGGUGCAAUUUUGUACCUUGCUAGUCGGGCGGGAAGCUUCUCUAACGGGUCCAUUCUCGUCACUGAUGGUGGUCGACUGUCGGUCAUGAGCAGCACGUACUAAGGCCACGGCCUUGGGGAAGGUUAACUGUGGGGCUUUUUUUUUUUCAAGGCAUGGAAAUUAAAUAUCAAUAGGCGCUGUAAGUCGCAAUCAAACUGCAAUAUCUACAUACAAUCCGCCUAUUUACGACAUUUAGAAGAGAGGGGAGCAACGCAACAUCGAAACCUAGUACAGUGAAA